GCAGAUAAGCAGUUUGUGAAGACUGAAGGAUCUGCUAAAGGGAACACCUGCUUUUGAGGUUGCGAAGUUGCUAAAGCAUGGCUGACUUGGAGCACAACCUCAGUCUUGCGGAUGCUCUGACAGAGCCACCUCCUGAGAUUGAGGAAGAAGUGAAAAGGGACUUCAUUGCCACUCUGGAAGCGGAGAAAUUUGAUGAUGUGGUUGGAGAAACAGUAGAUAAAACAGACUAUGUUCCUCUGCUGGACGAUGAUGAUGAUGGAAAAGCUGGGAGCCAGGAACCAAAGAGCAAACCCCAUGCAGACAGUAUUCAGGUGGAACAUACUUCAGCUUCCGGGCCAACCGUCGUAGAAAAUGGUGACCAUGGAAUAGAAAAUGACCGUACAGUAUUCCCAAGAGAAAUCAUGGAUGAAAACCUGUCUUAUAAGGACUACUUUGAUCGCGGUGACACCUGUACAAUGGAUGACAGAGACCUGUGCUUUGAACCACAGCCGGUGUUCAAGCCCAUGGAGAUGGCUGACCCCUUCAGCAUGCACAGAGGGGAGAACCUGCCUGAUCUGACAUUUCCUACUGACAUGCAGCAUGUGCCGAUGUUCACGGAUCACGUUGAAGUUUCCAGAGACAUCCAUGCGCCACAUGCGUCUAUGAUGGUACCUGAUCAACCUUUCCUGGGCUCCCCGUAUUGUCCGGCAGAAGUUCUAGACCCAUCAGCCUUUAUCGGCCUGGAUUCAGCUGCAGAAUAUCUGCAAGACACAGCAGUGCCUGAAGAACACUGGAUGGGAGCUCAGCAUGCUGCAAGGGGGCCAGAUGCUGCUUUCUUUGAGCCACCAGUGCCACCCACAGAGCCUGAAGCAAAAAAGCCGCAUUUGCCGGAAAGCCCUGCAGCAGUGGCUCCUGCUUUUGAUCCUACUGUAUUAACAGCGUCCCCAGGAGAGGCUGAACCUACUGAUGCAUCACAAGGUGCAGCAUCAGCAGAUGCCGAGUGUGCUCCUGCCUUGGAUGUUGUGUCCACGUCUGCGGAAAAAGCCGGGUCCAUUCUUGCGGGAGAUACCAAGCCUCCUCAAGCGUUGGAGGCUGAUUUUGCCCCUUCAGCAGAAGCCCUGCCUUGCCAUGCUGUGGAUAGUGGGUUUGCUCCUGCGGUGGAAGCCAUGUCUCCCAAUGCUAUGGAUGCUGCAUUUGCCCCAGUGGCAGAUGCUGGGUUUGCCCCAGCCGCCGAUACCAAGUCUCAUCAUGCUAUGGAUUUGGAGUUUGCCCCACCAGGAGAUACCAAGUCUCAUCACGCUAUGGAUUUGCAGUUUUCCCCAGCAGAAGAUGCAGAGUCUGCCCCAGCAGCAAACACUGCGUCCCCUCACGCUAUGGAUUCAGCGUUUGCCCCAGCAGCACAUACUACAUCUCAUCAUGCUAUGGAUUUGGAGUUUGCCCCAGCAGAAGAUGCAGAGUUUGCCCCUGCAGUAGAAGCCAACCAUCUUCACACUAUGGACUCUGGAUUUGCCCCUGUAGCAGAAGCUAAGGCUUUUUCUGCCAUGGAUGCUGGGUUUGCCUCUGUGCCAGAAGUGAAGUCUGUCCCUGCAGCUGACACUGAAGUUACUGCGUUUGAAGAGCUGAUGACAUCCGAGUCUUCUGUAGAGCAAGACAAGUCACCCUUCAGCAAGCCUCCAGCAGAAGCAGCUGCAAACAUGGAACAAGAGUUGAAGGUCCCAGAAGCUUGUGCUGAGCUUCCCUUAGAGAAAGCCAAAGACAUUGGAUCACCUCCUAGCCACCAUGCAGAGCAUCUUCCAGAAAAAGCAGACCAUCUUCUAGAACCAGCAGCUCCAGUAGAAGCAAAAGAAGCCGGGGCACUAGAAAAUAAAGAACUGCUUCCAGAAGAACCUCUUACUACCACGGACCUUACUGUUACAGAGAAACCAAAGGACGAGGCUGAACAUAACCAUGUCCAACACGCAGAACCCCAGCAAGAAAAAAUCCUGCAAGAGACUACAGCAAAACCAGAAGAGACCAAGCCAGCUGAAGCAGUGACAGGGAAUGAUAUCACCGCACCUCCAAACAAGGAGCUUCCUCCAAGCCCUGAGAAGAAAGCGAAGCCUGCAGCAUCCACACCAUCAGCCAAGCCUGCCGCACCGAAAGCCAGGCCUCUGUCCGCUACCAGCCCCAAGCGGCCGGCCUCCGCUACGCCUGGCCAAAACAAAAAGCCCACCAGUCCUACUGCGGCCACCACUCCUAAACGCCCGGCCACCACUAGCACACGUCCUGCCACCUUAACUCCAAAGGAGGCUAAACCAAAGGUUACAGAUGCAAAGAGCCCGGAUAAGCGGACCUCACUGUCAAAGCCACCGUCAUCUGUCACGCCUCGAACUACUGUCAGGAGCAGCCCAGCUACUCCCAGGACCACUGCAGCAUCUCCCGUCGCUGCAGCAUCUGGUGUGAAAAACACUGCUGCCUCUCCACCGAAGAGGCCGACAUCUAUUAAGACUGAUGCAAAGCCUGCAGAUGCCAAGAAGACCACUGCAAAGUCACCGUCAGCAGACUUGGGCCGCCCUAAGAGCGCUUCUGGGAAUGCUGUAAAAACGAGCGCCACUACUCCUUCCGCUGCCUCCUCGAGCACGCCCGCUCCACCUGCGGUGGCCACCACUCGUCCCAAACCCAAGCCUGCUGCAGCCAAACCCGUCACAACCGCAAGCGCAACAGCGGAUGCUAAAAAACCAGCUGCUAAGGCUCCGGCUAAACCCAGCACCGUUUCCAAGCCGCCUCGCCCAACCAGCAGUGUUUCUGCUCCGGAUCUGAAAAACGUACGUUCCAAAAUUGGAUCAACAGAUAAUAUUAAGCAUCAGCCUGGUGGAGGAAAGGGGAAAGUAGAGAAAAAGCCAGACUCAACCGGUGCUGCGCGAAAGCCUGAACCCAAUGCGGUCUCUAAAAUGGCUACUACUAAAACAGCUGUAACAAAAGAGGGUGCCCCAAAGCAGCCCAAUGGGAAAGUCCAGAUAGUCUCCAAAAAAGCGAACUACAGCCAUGUUCAGUCCAAGUGUGGGUCCAAGGACAAUAUUAAGCAUGUCCCUGGAGGUGGGAAUGUGCAGAUCCAGAACAAGAAAGUUGACCUUUCCAAAGUGUCCUCAAAGUGUGGCUCUAAAGCAAAUAUCAAGCAUAAACCAGGGGGAGGAGAUGUCAAAAUUGAGAACCAGAAGCUGAACUUCAAGGAGAAGGCCCAAGCGAAAGUGGGUUCUCUGGACAAUGUGGGACACUUGCCAGCAGGAGGAGCAGUGAAGGUGCGUGCAGCAAGCUCUGGUACAUCAGGGCAGGGUUUGGGUUUGCUUCUUUUCCUUGUCCUGUUAUUGAUGUAUUCCAGUUUCCUCUCAGCCUUUUACAGCCAUCUAUUCAUUUCUGUGGCCUCUGUCAUGAACCUCAGGAAUAAGUAUGAGUUGAAGAGAGCUAUGAACCAGCUUGCUGGCGUGCCUGAAUGGGCUCAUACUGCCCGUUUGCGUCCUGCCUCUAAGGAUCUGAGACUAGGGAUCACUGUAAGCUAUGAGCCCGGUAGAAGAACUGCGUAUGGCCUGUUGGUGCCUCUUCUCCCCUUUUCUAUCCUGGUAAAGCUGCUGAGACCAAGGUGCUCUGUGCUGGGAGAUGCUGCGGACCUUGCAGCUGUCAGGAGCACUUUUCAGCCAGUAGUCAUUCCUCGUGACUAACCUCUGCUGCAACCCGGCCGAGGCCCCUUUGUGCGGGGAUGAGAAAGGGUGGUUGCUUUGCAGUCAGCGUGAUUCAGCACUUCUCCCCGUUGAGAAGGUAACGCAGACUGCCCCCAGCCUCCCUUCGGUAAACUGCAGGUCUCGCUACGGCAAUGAGACGUCUGUUCUUCAAGGGAGGGAAAUUGCCCCUGCUCGACUAGCCUGAUGAUGAAUGCGUGGGCUGAGCUAUCACGCCACAGGCUGGUUAGAACGGUGACGGAGAUUACGUUUAGACAGUUGCUAGCGCUGGGGCUUCUCUUUGCAGUACUGCUGUUUCUGGUCUGGCUGGUAGCGCUGGGAGCUGGGAAAACUGCCCUGUUCCAGCAUCAGCACUGCAAAAACGUGACUUAGCCUUUGGUCCCAGGGGGACAGAGUGAGGAAAAGAAACCCCUUCUGAACACUUUGAGUUCCCGUGGUCGCAGGAGUGCUGCUGUGUUGUGGGAGGGCCUGGGGUUGGGCCGGGGUGGGCUCUUGUUAGGUGCUGUGUGAAACCGAGGGAAAUAAUCCCUGUGCUAAAGAGCAGAUCAUGCGGCAGAAUUCCCAAGAAUAUUUAGUGUGUGUUUAAUCAUCCUGAUGUGAACAAAGGCAAGAGGUCACUGCCAGCUAUCUGCUGGGGACACAUCCGGACUCUCCUAUCUUGAUUUCUUUAUGUAAAAUUCAGCCCUGCAAAUCCGAGCUCAGCGUGUGGAAGGCUAAAAGUAGCUGUAGAAGUGAGUGAUGUUCUAGGAGGGAUCGGGAACUUUCCGUGACUGUGCCGGGCUGUUCCGGGUUACUGGAGUGUUUAGUCACAUCCAGUACAUUUUGUUGGCUCUCAAGUCUAGUCUGGUUCCACAGAGGGCAAGCCACGUCCCUGUGGCGUCCCGCAGAUCUUGGCCAGCGCUGCCGUUGGCGCAGGCUGGCGCUCCAGUGCGCGCUGGAGGGUUGCAGGUAGGUCCUGUGCGAGAGGGCUGCUCUUGCUCGGCUGCCCUCCGUGGCUCGCUGGAGGUGUGGGCAUCUUCCAAGUCCAUGUAGUUUAUGCAGAAGCACCUAGAGAUCGGUGUCACCAGUUCAUGGGCAGAACUCAGGCCCCAGAAGGGAGACCAGGUGCUUCACGCUGCUUGUUGAGGCCCCAGCAAGUAGGUAUGGAGACAGCAUCCACUGCUGGCUUGCGUUGCUACCUGGGCCGCGAGGAGAGGCCGGGAGGGGUCUUCUCUAAAGGUUGCGCUCCCAAACCUGGUGCCCGUGGUGCUGCAAGGGUGAGGUCCUCUGUACCAGCUUGCCUUCCUUUUUGGGGGUCUGCUGCGAAUUCCUCGGUCGGGGUAUUACCCGUGUGCCCAAGUCAAGGAGGCGGGAGCGUUUGACGCGGUAGCGUAACGCUUGAGGCUCGUUGACGCCCGUUGGU